GGAGCCUGCGAGCUGGGAGGCAGCGCGCCGGCGGCGGCUGAGCGAAGCGCCAGUUCAAAUCGGGAGUUCUCCCUCGCCCGCUCAGCCCCAGCGCAGCCCCGCCGACGCUCCCGCCACCCCCUCUCCCAAGGGCUCUGGGCAGGUCGUGCCGUUUGAAAGCGGGGUCCACGAGAGAACACCCCACCACCCGCCCGCGCGCCGCUGCUUUCUUUCAAGGAACUUACAUCGGGAUGGUUCUCCUGUCACUUUGCUUGCUGGCAGCCUCUUUGGUGCAGUGGAAGACCUCUGCUGAUGAGCAAGCUGCUAAGAAAGACCUCUUCCCAACAGAAACUUCCAAAACUAAACUGAAGCAGUAUGUCCUAACAACCCCAGUCAGCACCAGGGCAGAUGGAAGCUACAUCUCCAACCUUGUUUCUGCAAGCCAUUCAAGGAGAUCCAUAAGGGAUGUAUCACCGAGCCCCAAACAAUUGUAUUUUAAUGUGUCUGCUUUUGGGAAGGAAUUCCACCUUCGACUGAGACCUAACGCACGCCUAAUUGCUCCAGGGGCCAUGGUGGAGUGGUACGAAGAUUCUGCGGGAGCCAGAAAUGUAACUGAUGGUGCUAGCCUGGGCCAGACGAAGACCAUCACAGAAAGGAUAUGGAAAAAGGAAUCACUGUGGACCGACUGUGCUUAUGUUGGAGAUGUUGUGGAUAUCCCAGGAGCGUCUGUCGCUGUUAGCAACUGCGAUGGUCUGGCUGGCAUGAUAAAGACAGGUGAAGAUGAAUAUUUCAUUGAGCCUUUGGAGAAAGGGAAACAAAUGGAUGAAGAGAGAGGAAGGCUUCACGUGGUGUAUAGGAGGUCAGCGGUGGCACAGGAUCCAACAGAUACGUUCCCAGACUUCCAAAGCGAAGAAAUGGAACAUGGAGGCCUGAACAGUCUUGAGUCUACCUACAGUACCAUACAGCAACAGCUAAAUGAGACAUUUAGGCAACGCAGACAUGCUGGAGACAAUGACUACAAUAUCGAAGUGCUUCUUGGAGUGGAUGACUCUGUGGUCCGAUUCCAUGGCAAAGAACAUGUGCAGAAUUACCUCCUUACCCUGAUGAAUAUAGUAAACGAAAUUUACCACGAUGAAUCCCUGGGAGUCCACAUCAAUGUGGUGCUUGUUAGGAUGAUCCUGUUGGGCUAUGCCAAGUCCAUCAGCCUCAUUGAACGAGGGAAUCCAUCCAGGAGCCUGGAAAACGUGUGCCGUUGGGCAUACCAGCAGCAAAAAACAGACCUGAGUCAUUCGGAGCACCACGACCAUGCCAUCUUUCUAACGAGGCAAGAUUUUGGACCAGCUGGAAUGCAAGGUUAUGCUCCAGUAACAGGCAUGUGCCAUCCUGUCCGGAGCUGCACUCUUAACCAUGAAGACGGAUUCUCUUCUGCUUUCGUGGUCGCCCAUGAAACUGGCCAUGUUCUGGGAAUGGAACACGACGGACAAGGGAACAGGUGCGGGGACGAAACUGCGAUGGGAAGUGUCAUGGCUCCGUUGGUGCAGGCAGCCUUCCACCGAUACCACUGGUCCCGGUGCAGCGGCCAGGAACUCAAGAGAUACAUACACUCCUACGACUGCCUCCUUGACGACCCCUUUGACCACGCUUGGCCCAAACUUCCCGAGCUGCCGGGGAUCAACUAUUCCAUGGAUGAGCAGUGCCGCUUUGAUUUUGGAGUCGGGUACAAAAUGUGCACGGCGUUUCGAACGUUUGACCCAUGUAAGCAGCUGUGGUGCAGCCACCCAGACAAUCCCUACUUCUGCAAGACGAAAAAGGGGCCGCCACUGGAUGGAACCGAAUGUGCGCCUAGUAAAUGGUGCUACAAAGGUCACUGCAUGUGGAAGAACACUAACCAGCUGAAGCAAGAUGGCAACUGGGGAGCCUGGACGAAAUUUGGCUCUUGCUCCCGGACAUGCGGAACUGGGGUUCGCUUCAGGACCAGGCAGUGCAACAAUCCCAUGCCACUUAACGGGGGUCAAGACUGUGCCAGUGUCAAUUUCGAGUACCAGCUGUGCAACACAGAGGAGUGCCCAAAGCAUCACGAAGACUUCCGAGCCCAGCAGUGCCAGCAACGCAACUCACAUUUUGAAUAUCAGAACAGCAAGCACCAUUGGCUGCCCUAUGAGCAUCCUGACGCCACGAAGAGAUGCCAGCUUCACUGCCGGUCCAGAGAGACGGGGGACGUGGCGUACAUGAAGCAGCUGGCCCACGACGGGACUCGCUGUUCGUACAGGGAUCCGUUCAGCAUUUGCGUCCGCGGAGAGUGCGUGAAAGUGGGGUGUGACAAGGAAAUUGGCUCGAACAAAGUUGAAGACAAGUGUGGAGUCUGUGGAGGAGAUAAUUCCCACUGCCGGACAGUCAAAGGCACCUUCACCCGCACCCCAAAGAAGCCCGGGUACCUUAAGAUGUUUGACAUCCCACCCAGUGCUAGACAUGUGAUUGUCCAAGAAGACGAGGCUUCUCCUCACAUUCUUGCCUUUAAGAAUCAGGCAACAGGCCACUAUAUUCUGAAUGGGAAAGGAGAGGGAUCAAGCGCCCGUUCCUUCAUUGAUCUGGGCUUAGAGUGGGAGUACCACAUUGAUGACAACAUAGAAACCCUUCGGACAGAUGGCCCCUUGUAUGAUCCCAUUGUCGUGCUGAUCAUUCCUCAGGACAACAACACGCAGUCUAGCCUGACUUACAAAUAUAUCGUCCAUGAAGAUUCGGUGCCCAACGUCAGCAGCAACAACGUCCUGCAAGAGGAGCUGGACACCUUUGAAUGGGCUCUGAAGAGCUGGUCCCAGUGCUCCAAGCCUUGUGGAGGAGGUUUCCAGUACACGAAAUACGGCUGCCGCCGGAAGAGCGACAACAAGAUGGUCCACCGCAGCUUCUGUGAAGCCAGCAAAAAGCCCAAACCCAUCCGCAGGAUGUGCAAUUUCCAGGACUGCACACAGCCUUUCUGGGUCACAGAAGAAUGGGAACACUGUACCAAGACAUGUGGGACUUCUGGUUAUCAGAUCCGAACAGUGCGUUGCAUUCAGCCACUUCACGAUGGUGCAAACCGCUCGGUUCAUUUCAAAUAUUGCAGUGGGGAUCGCCCAGAGAGUCGUAGGCCUUGCAACAGAGCGCCAUGUCCUGCUCAAUGGAAAACCUUGCCCUGGAAUCCAUGUUCAGUGACCUGCGGGGAAGGAACAGAGUCCCGGCAGGUUUUGUGCCGCAUCGGUGACCAGUGUGACGGAGAAAAGCCAGAGUCUGUGAGGGUUUGCAAGCUGGCUCCCUGUAAUGAUGAGCCAUGCCUAGGAGACAAAUCUAUCUUCUGCCAGAUGGAGGUGCUUGCCCGGUACUGCUCCAUCCCAGGAUACAAAAAGUUGUGUUGUGAAUCAUGCAGCAAACGCAGCAGCCUUCUCCCGCCUUCUUUCCUUAGUGAAGCUGCAGAAACGGAAGAGGACAUGUUGGCCAACCCCUUUGACCUAUCCAAGACUGUUGCUGCUCCCACCGCUUUAGGCCCUCUUCAUCCUGAGAGACACGGUUCUUUGGAGAGGAUGUCUUUGGUGGAGGAAGACGCCCAUGCACUUAUUCCUCAUUCCUACAGCCAGGCCAGGGUGGCUGUACCAUCCCAAAGGAGAGUUCGGAACCAAGCAAGAAACAAGACUUCUGGGCCAGUUGCAAUGCCAUAUCAGCAACUGACUAAAAGUGGGCAUCUCCUUUCCCACAACUCUUCAGCCUUGUUUGAUACUGAUCCAGCCACGGGAAGUAAUGACAGUUCUUCUGGUGUGCAUUCUCGGCAUGGAGCCUCACAGAAAAAUGAGAAGCAAGAGGACAGGAGGCAAACUUCAAGACCUUCCACUGUGGAGAGAUGAAACUCAGAGUAAACCAAAGGGGAGGGGAUUCAUGAAAGUGGAGAAAUGGCCUCUUCCUUGUUCCAGACACCAUGGUGCAUGCAAAAUCUCUAAAACCUAGACUCUCAAUACAUCAACAGCUAACGUAAAGGAAAAAGUGCAGGUUCACUUUCUAGUUACAUCCAGCCUUCUCCUCUUCUUCCCCCACUCAACUUCACCCGAUAUCUGGUGACCCUGAAUGCUUCAAAAAGCAUCUUCAAAGUCACAUGAACAAACAAAGCAAAUAUCUGAGCAGAUUGGCUGUUUUCUGCUGUCCGGGAAUCAAUUUUCUCCAUCAGCUGCCAUCUCCCACUCUUUCUAACAUCUUAUUUUAAAAAAGGAAGGAAGGAACUGAAAUUUGGUUUGGGGUGGGCAAAGUCUGCUAAGCAGAAGCCCCAAAGUUUACACUUCUACAGAAUAUUUUUUACUGUGGACCAACAAGUCCAUACGAAUUGCAUUGCUAAUUUAUCUCUAUAAAGUGAUAUAUUAUGAUUCAAAACUGCAGCUGUUGUGUACUUACUUGGGAUGUGCAGAUCUUGUUAAAUCUGUGCUCAUUGUCAGGCAUCUCCUGGUCUGCCAUCCAUUCAUGGACAGGAUCAGGGGCAGGCGGGCUAGGGAGAAUGUUGUGUCCAUAGAUCCGCACUUACUCAUGUGCUCAUUUUGCACAAGUCUCUCCCCGUAGGUCAAAAAUCAGUCCACAAAAUCCAAGCAAUUCAUAAAACGAAAAACCAAAGCCAGUCUACUGUGGAAUCUACAAGUUGGAUUCGUAGAAAUCUGAACCCAUUUUGAUCUAUUGUAGAUUUAUCUGACAACUGUACAUGUCUAUAGUGUAUAUUAUUGAGAGAGAGAGAGAAAAGGAAGAAGAGAACAAGAGUGAAGAGCAUUAUUUCUCAGAAUGCUAAGAUUCUUCCACUUGUUUAUGGACUGUACAUUUUGGUUCCUGCUGUUCCUUUCUGCCUUGUUUACAUUCCAUGAACAUGCUCAUUGGCUGGGAUCCAAAGUGCCCGAUUCACACGACCAAGUGUUUCCACAUACACAUGGUCAAGUGGCUGUGGCAUCCAUGAGAACUGUUUGGAUCCUGCCUCAGAAGCACUUUUGAGUAGGAAUGGAAAAACUGUUUCAGUUUCUCUUUAAUUCUCCUUUUUUCAAUCCUCCCUUUUGUUCCUUUGGGAACACACUCAUUCUUAAGUUGGGUUCAUCUCAAAUUUGGAGAAUUUCUUUUUAAAUUUGCCUAGAAAUCCAUAAACACCUUUUGGUGCACAUUCCCCUAAUACAUGCAUUUUUGCCUAGUAUACACAAGCUGCAAGCAAUGCUCCUAUUAAACUGCAUUGCAAAGAUUAUUUCCCCUACUCUAUGCACUUUGGCAGGCAUGUUUGAAUCGGAGAACUCCAUUGCAAAAUUCAGAAAAGUGCCCAUUUUGAAGGGUAAUCUAGUCUUUGUUUGAAUGUGCACAAUUAGGUAAGGUCACAUUAAAAUGAGAACUGAACACACGCUUCCUCCAUCCCUAUUCUUGAGUAGAAUUUCAUGGCCAGGUUGCUCAGCGAUGGGCAAGAAGGAUGCGGUUCCCCGGAAGCCCUGAAAUGUCUAACUCUUCUUCAGUGGUGAUGAGGAAUGUCUUCACAUAGCCUUUUGCAUCCCAGCAAGUAGCCUCAGAGGGGUAGGUUGAUCUCCCAUUUGGUCUGUCCUCAUAAGCCAUGCUUGCUGGGUUGGGAUCGGUCUCCACCCUGUGAUGCAGAGCUUGCGCAUGGAGCCCCAAGAUAUGGACAACGUGUCUGUGUUUUGGGAGAGGUUGGUUUCCAUCUCUUGGGGCAACUUACACUGCGAAGCUGAAAUGUACUCACUGGUGCAUAAACACUGAUUCUCUGUGCCUCAGGUAGGAGAAGGAAACAUCCAAACCAGCAACGCAGAUUCUAGUGGGGAUCUACCAUGGCCUCAGCUGGUAUUGCCUUCCUUUUUGCCUGCACCAGCUGAAGUCCGCAGGGCCAGUUGCCUACAGGUUGUGCACAAAGCCCAUGGCAUCAGCACAGCACUUCAUCCUCAGGGGUGCGUGGAAGUCUAAGGCGAGCAGAAGCAACCAGCAUGGCAUCGGAACAGUGCCAGCCCGGUGGUUCCAGAGUGACGCCAUCGCUGGACUGUCCCACAUUGCGUUAUGCCUCCUUCCGCACAGAAGAGUCCUACACCGGGAAGGCCCAACCCAACAGGGCUGCAGGGAAUGCCCAAGGAGGGGAAAACAGGGCAAACGAUGAGGAAGGGAAACAUGGGUGCAUCCAUAAGGAAAUGGGAAUGGUGUAAAAUUCAGGGAACAUCAGCUGUGCAAAACGAAGCGGGCCUGAGUUGCCAAAGCAACACACGGUUGUGGGUCAUGGUGUGAAGGCAUAGGGCACAGCAAUUUUGCUGAAGCUAAGCAGGACUCAGUACAGGGGAGGGUGGUCUUGGGACACUUAUAUGUGUGGGUCUGAAGUCCACAAAUGAACUACGGGAUAUCGAGCUCAAGAAAUAAAGGAGUUCUGCAUGUGCCAGGUCCCAGGCUCAGACCUUGACGUCUCUAGAGCAGGGUUGGGAAAGAUCUUGGUACAAAACUGGUGGAGUCACUCUCAAUUGCCUGGCGAGGAAGUAUGUUGCUCUGGCUGAGGAGAAAGCAGCAAGAGAUGUUCGCCUAACGAACUGGAUUUGCAGAAGAAAUGUAGUGCGGCUCCCUUUCUUUUCAGUGGUGCUUGUGCAUGAGAAGUUUCUAGGUGUCUACAAAGAAUGGCAACCUUUGAAUGCAACCUUUUCCUUCUUGCUAGUAUUAUUUCUGCUAAACGCUCUGUUUGUCAUUUGUCGAGCCAAAGAACCUCUCCAAUCUAACACAGGAACAAAAAAUAAGUCAGAGAUGUGACAUUUCUCAGAAGCAGGAGCUCACAUUUUCAUUGACCUCAAGGUGAGAAAGAAAUACAUGUGUCCUGACAACACGCAUCGAACAAAGAUAAAUUGCUCACGAUUUUGGUCACUAUUGAACAUGUACAACUGUUGCCUUGGGCAGGUGCUUUCUUUCCCUUCUGGGUUUUGCUGUAAAGUACAUGUACAUAGGAAUGGAAAUUAAAGCUAUUUAUUAAACGUU